UUACUUUUGAAAUCGCAUGUUCAUUUCAUUUCUUUGGCCAUUUGCAGGGGGAGUGAGCUAGAUUGUUGUUGAACUUGGAUGGGUAGAUUGUGUCAAUUGAUUAGUAGUUAUGUCCAACCAGGCCAAAGUCACCUCGUACUACACGCGCAAGAGGAAAGCUCGAGACGAGCCUGAACCGGCGGCGAAAAGAAAACGAGUUGAUACGGAGCAGGGGAGAACUCGUCUCAGCGAUGUAACCACUUUAGAGGCACCUAGGAUAGUAACGGCGCGCAAGAACAGGAGCAAGGCAAGUGAAACCCUUGACCGGCUGUUCAGCGAGCCAGAACUAAGUAAAUCCGAGGAGCCUGCGCCUUCACCAUGUGAGCUAUUCGCCCCAAAAGUGGCGUAUCAUGGCCGUGCCAGGAGGAAUGUGGGCAGCGUGCUCUCGCUGGCAAACAAUGCCCGGACAAAGACCUCUCUGAAAGAGGCCAACCGCGACUGGUGUCGGCAGCCAUCGGAAGAGCCCGUAAAGCCGUCAGCUCCCAGCGACGAUGUGGCGCCGCUGUCUGCCGCAUCGCGAUUCGCAUCCCUCGCCGCACCCAUGUCGCUCACUGCGAGGGGGUCGCGACAAGCCGAGAACGCCGUCCGUAGCUCUGCUCCGAAGCAGUCUGCCGCCGUGCCAGUUCAAACGAAGGGGCAGGCGUCCAUCAGUUUGUCGUCGACCAAUGACGAUCUGCUGCCGUCCACUCGCCUGCAGCGCUUGGCUGAGCCGAUCAAGUUCUCGUCCGAAGCUGCUGCGCCGUCCGCAGCCAAGCUGAGCACGAUGCUGCCCCUGCCCAUCCAUUUCAAGCGUCUGCAGGAGAAGAUGGAGGCGACUGACAACCUGCUGUGCUUGCGGCGCCAGUACGGCGGCUCGUUCACCCAGGUCAAGGAGGGCGUGCAGCGCAUGACGCGGAAGGAGUACACUGUGAAUGACGUGGCACGGAUGACCACAGUCCUGCCGCCCGCCUACAUCCUCACGCAGGAGAAAGUCGAAAAGGACUAUGAGCUCCACAUCAAACUGAACAGCGCGUGGAAAGAGGACCUGAAGCGCGGUCGUGGCACAUCGUCUGCGCUAACACUGCCCUCUGGCACGAAGGAGGUGAUCCAGUUGAAGACCGAGCGGAAGGAGGCUUUCCGGGAACGUCUUCUCUCGCGUGUUCACGAGGAGCAUCAGAGUUUCCUGGGAGAGCUCAGCAUCAAGCAUGACGACAGUAAGCAGUUGACGCACUGGCAUCCAAAGUUCAAGCUCGACUCCGCAUCGCAAGUUCCAUGUGCAGAGCUGCCCGAGCCACCGACGUCCAAACUUUGUUCAUCGGCAAGUGAAGUGCUGCAGUUGGCGUCGGUCAAAUCGGAGAAGGUGGCUCGGGCACUGGAGGCUGUAGCUGCAGCAUCGACGGCGGCCAAGGAAUCACCCGCCCUCACUUCACCUGCGGCGCCAAAACCCAACCCUGUGGCGAUCAAGUCUACGCUAACGCCACCACCAACACCGCAGUCCAGCGAAACUAAAGCGAAGGAGAUGAGCAUGAAGGGUAUUCCUUCGUCGCUGCUUGAAAAGAUUCGCAAGCGAGAGGCCGAGAAUGCCAUGAUGGCGAUGACGUGCCCCGUGGACCGCGAGAAGGAAGUUCAGAUGUGGGACAAGCUACCGGAGCUGUGCCGCGUCAUGUGCAGCGUGUUCAUUGGCGAGCGACGCGAUGUUCUCGAGCUCGGCGCCGUGGUGAAGGGCCUCAAGCAGAGCAUACCUUCUCUACAAGGAUCGACAAACGCUCAACUUGAGGAGCUCCUUCGCCUGCUAGUAGACAACCUGAAGGCGUGGGUGACGAUCGUGUCCAUGCCGUCGCGGCCUCAGCGGUACGUCAAGCUGGCAAGUAAUGCCAAGGCGCAAGUGAACGCGUUGCUGGAUGCUCUGGCCAAGAAGCGGAGGGAGUUCGACAAUGAACUUCGCUCACAGGCUGCAUCGACGUUGAAGUAGUUCAGCCCCCACGGCUUUCCAUUUUACGUCACGACCACGUAACUUUCCAACGACUCCAACUGAGUGUAGUGAUAUCGUUCCGUUCCACCACCCCCACCACCCCCAAUGGACUAUACUUUCCGUGUUUUUUUACCACUUUAUAAACGCUCCCUGCUCUUUUUCGUGUGCUGAUUCAAUUAUUUAUUUAUUCUACUUAUUCGACGUGUUGUACCUUUUUCCAAUUAUUAUGCUGUUGUUUUUAGUCAGCUUGCCUUUCUGAUGUUUCUUCUCUUUUUCUUUCCAAUUCUGGUUGAGUGCGCAAUAGUCUCUGUGUUCUUCCGAAAACGAAAUAAGCCGUGCCGCCCUCUGCAGUAGCUGGCACAGCAGCUGCCGAAGAUCCGUGUCUGUGAGCGACCGUACCGCGUCGGUUCUGGUGUGCAUGCUGAGUGCAGCUUGACACACCUAACCUUAAAACUAGGACAACACCGUGCCCCUUGGCAGCUAAGUAAGAUGUGCUUAGGUGCACGUGUGAAACCAUGCCCGGCCAUGGAUUUGAACUGGAGUCGUUUCCGACUGUAUGUCUGCAAAUCGUAUUUGCUCUAUGUGUACAUGCCUGGGCAUCUGGGAAUUCUUCUGCCCCCUCCCCUCCAGGAAAGGGAGGGUCUGAGCAGGGGCUCUACUAACCGAUCUCGGGCUAGAACACUGUUAGCGUGCCUGAUUAACUUGUGCACAGCUAUAUCCAGACCAGCACCCUCUCUGCAGAUAUUCCCUUGCACAAAAUGGUGCCGGAUUAUGAAAGGACCACUGUAUAUCAUCAAUAUGACAUAUUUUAUUGUAGUCAUAGUAUUGUAGAUGCUUCCCUGAGUGAGGGGUAGACUAUGAGCUGCAGCAGCAUGCUCAUGUGCCUGGCCGAACUCUCCAUGGACCUAGCAUCUUGAACAAUC